CUGAUUCGUGUCACGGUAAACUCAAUCAUAUAUACAAAACCCAUAGUUUCCUCGUAGAAGAGGAAGAGAACUUCAAAAGAAAAGAAAAGAAAAUAAGCCGGUGCCUUCAGUGUAUGAGAUUACGAUAACACGAACAAGCCCAUAAAAUAACACGAACGAGCCAUAAGUACGUUACCACUGUGAACACAUGCACUGUUUCAAAGACAAAUUCACAACAGAAUUAAUCAGUAGUGAAAUGGAUUCGACAGAUAGCAGUAUGAACAAAAAAUCUAAAGAAAUUGAACGAUGUUACGAUGACUAUCCCAAGAAGAGAAAGCGUCCAUGCCAAGUAGCGGUGGUUAUUCCCACCAUGGAAGAAUCCAAGGCCGCCGCCGCCUCCUCCUCCCCCGCAACACACGGUUCCAUAUCAGUGAUCGGGAGGCGGCGCGCAAUGGAGGACGCCGUCGUGGUGGUUCCCGGUUUGGUGGCGGCGGGGCAGUGGUGUGGCGGUUACGAUUUCUUCGCGGUUUACGACGGACACGGCGGGACGUUGGUGGCGAACGCCUGCCGCGACAGGCUGCACCUGCUGUUGGCGGAUGAGGUGAAGGAGAACGCGAAGAAGGGAUUGGAUUGGUACGAGGUGAUGUGUUCGUGUUUCAUGAAGAUGGACAAGGAGAUCGGAGUUGGAGGUGAGGCGCACGAUGACGGUGGCGGAAACACCACAGGCUCAACGGCGGCGGUGGUUGUUGUUGGGAAGAAGGAGAUCGUGGUGGCGAAUUGCGGUGACUCGAGGGCGGUGCUGUGCCGUGGCGGUGUAGCUGUACCACUUUCGCGUGAUCAUAAGCCUGAUCGUCCAGAUGAACGAGAGAGAAUAGAAGCUGCUGGUGGAAGAGUGAUUAAUUGGAACGGAAGUCGUGUCUUGGGAGUUCUUGCUACUUCCAGAUCCAUAGGGGAUCAUUCGAUGAAACCUUUUGUGAUAUCUGAACCAGAGACGAUGGUGUACGAGAGAACAGAGUGUGAUGAGUUUGUGGUGGUGGCAAGUGAUGGGUUAUGGGAUGUGGUUUCUAACAAGUUUGUUUGUGAGGUGGUACGAAGCUGCCUCCAUGGGCAAAUCAAGAGGAAUUUGAAAGAGGAGAGUGUUGUUGUAAGCAAUGCAACAGAAGCUGCUUCGUUGUUGGCAGAGUUGGCCAUGGCUCGUGGAAGCAAAGACAACAUCAGUGUCAUAGUCAUCCAACUCAACAACAUCACUUCAUCCUGAACUCCAUGUAAUACUCAAUCACUUCUCUCUUUUUAACUUCUUACUUCUAAUUUUUCAAACCUAUCAAUCAUUCUCAAAACACUUUCUCUCUUCAUCUUCAUCACUACACAGUUGUUUCUUCAAAGCAAUUCAUUUUCUACAAAUAAAUUUUAUAUUAGUUUCUAAA